GGGGAUGGAAACCAGGGCCUCACACUGAGCUCCCCACAGCCUCUUUUAUGUUUUACUUGGAUACAGCAUCUAAGUAAAUUCCCCAGGCUGGCCUCCAACUGGCAGUCCUCCUGCUUCGGCCUCCUGAGUACUAGGACUACAAGCGUGCACCACCACAUCUAGCUAAAUCUGAAUAUAGGCAUAUUUUAAGCCUUCGGAAAUUUUAUGUAUGGAACUCGGCCUCCCACAUGCUCCGCAAGUGCUUUCUCACUGAGCUGCACCCCAGCCCCCUAAAUACUUUGAAGUGAGUAAAAUGCUCAGAAAAUGGCCGUGGCCCUGGAAGGCACAGAGCGCCUGGGACCCCCGAAGGUCACCUUGUGCCCCGCGCACACGGCACCCACAGCCCUCUCUGCCUGCAGUGCAAGGAGGAAGUGGGGGGCACCCUGGACGCGGUGCAGCUGCUCGCCGGGGUCACCCAGCUGCUGCCCAAGUCCCGCGAGAACUACCUGAGCCGCUGCGUGGACCUGGAGCGGCUGCGCCGAGAGAACACCAGCCAGAAGGAGGUGGACAAGGCGGAAACCAAAGCCAGGAAGGCGGCCGGGAGUCUGCAGCGCGCCGUGGAGAAGUACAACUCGGCCCGCGCCGACUUCGAGCAGAAGAUGCUGGACUCGGCGCUGGUGAGCACCAGGCGCAGGUGGCCGGGGCCCGACGCGUCCCGGCGCAGGCCGCCGCGAGCCCCGUCCCAGGCCCUCCCGACACGGGCCGCCCGCCUGUCGCCGCGCUGAGUUGUGUCAGAUGCCAACUCGUGCUGUGCCUCAGUUUACCCCUUAGUGAAGAGACGGUGAGGGCGCCUGCCUCGUAGAGAUGUGAAAAUUAAAUGAGUCACACUGCGAAGUUUUCAGGUUUAGUACCAGGCGCAGGGAAACCACUCCAUGCGCUACUUUUGGGGGGUUUUUUUGUUUGUUCGUUUUUGGGGUUGUUUUGGUACCGGAAAUCGAAUUCAGGACCUUGCGUUUGCCAGGCAGAUGCUUGUGCCACUGAGCUAUAGCCCUGGCCCAUAUUCUUGAGAUUUUUUAGACAAGGAAGGACAGAGCUUAGAAGCCAAGAGUCUCCUAAUUUUCUUUAUUUAUUU